AGAUCCAAGUCGAGUCGGAUCCAAAUCCUAAUGCGUCAAACGCGAAAUCAAGCGGCGAAGUGGGCUAAACGGGCCGCUCUGCACCAAUCGCAUUUGUAAAAUAAUGACUUGCGUGAUGCUCAGCAGGUCUUGCGCCCGAGAGUCUGACUUGAAUGCCCCGUCUGCAAAGCUAAACCACCGGCGUUUUCGGGCCUUGCUUAAGAAGCUCAGGAGAAAAAAGAUUCGCCAGAAGGCUGCGCAGGAGAGGGACCGCAUCCUUCAGGUGGAAGAAAAGGUGCCCCUAUUGCCGUGUCAGGAAGAGCAGGAACAGGAAGAACAGGAGAGGCUGACCUGCAUUCUGUGGGAAGGGACAUUCUCCCAUUCCACUUUUGACAUCAGUGGCACAGGCAGACAGCUGAAAUUGUUGUGCUGCUGCUACUCCUGCUAUAUGCACUGUGGCGCCUUCCUCUGCUUUUAAAGGUGUGCCUUUGUCUCGACAACUCGCUGCAUUAUUUCUGGUUUGUGCUUCUGCAUUUCAAGAAAUAAAUGCAGGUCAAAAGA